GCUUCCAAUCACAUCCGGCAUCACCAACAAGGCAGCAAUCAGUGAUUCUUGCGCCUUACAUGCAUCCAGCGCACAUGCCCCGGAACAGCGCAUACCUGCGUGCGUUUGGGCUGGAUUAUGCCCUACACACCACCCCCAUCGUCUCAUCAUCAUCACCACCACCACCAUCAUCGUCAUCAUCAUAAAUCAUCGCCAUCAACCUCAUUCUUGUAUGGACGGGCACACAAAAAAUCACAUAAAAAAAAAAGGAACAUGACAUGUCCACUGUUUCUUACGCAGGAUUCCUGCCACGUGCCCAAGCACAAGAUAUUGUGCCCGAAACAGGCAACGAUCCUUUGGAAAAUCCGGCUACUUUGAAGGCAGGUAUAGGUAUAUAUAUAAGUACUUGUAUAAGGUACGACUCACCCACUGCAUGCAUGA